GCCCGCUUCACUUUACAAAGCUCUUCGCUCAUUCGUUAGCAUUAGAUGGCCACUGAUUGAGAUGUGGAUGUUCAAUAUGGUCUCAUUAUUUAAAAUAUUUGUAUAUAUUAAGGUAUCAUAGAAGACAAGGAAACUAACAAACUUGAAAACAUUUUUUUUUUUACGUUACAUGAAACUGUUCUAGUUAUUAAAUACAUUCUAUCACAGUUGAAAUUUUCCACUAAGAACAAGCUCCAAAGACAUCCCGGAUACAAAACUUAUUUUUCUGAGUUCUUUUGGCCAAAGUGUUACCAGGCACAUAGUUCUGGGGAAGUGCUCACACUCUUCUAAAGUCAAGGUCGCCAGUCAACAUGAGUAAAUCUUCGAAUCACGUGCAGCUGUACGUCAGAGCAGGCUGGGAUGGCACUGGAUACGGUGCUUGCCCUUUCUGCCAGAGGUUCUACAUUGUUCUAGAUCUCAAGGCCAAAGGUCACGCACUGACCUAUGAUAUAAUCUCGGUGAACACGGCCAGGCCGCCACCAGAGUUCAGAAAAUUUGCUAACAGACUUCCGGUGUUGAAACAUGACGAUGAGGUCAUCAUGGAUACAGAGGAGAUUCAGCAGUACCUAGACGUCCACUUCCCCAAGCCAGACCUACGCUACACCAACCGUGACGCCCACACGGCCUGUCUAGACGUCUUCUCCAAGUUUUCCUUCUUCAUCAAGAACGUGUCCCACACCCCAGACCACCUCCUGAAAGAGCUCUCCUACCUCGACUCCUACCUCGACAGGACCGGCAACAAAUUUAUGUGCGGGGACGAGCUGACCAAUCUGGACUGCAACGUCCUGCCCAAGCUCCAGCACAUCAGGGUGGCUUCCAAGGCCUUCAAGGACUUCGAGAUCCCAGGCUCCAUGACGUACCUGUGGGGCUACCUGGCCAAUGCUUACAAAAACGACACCUUCAAAAAAACCUGUCCCUCCGAUCAGGAGAUCGUCCACCAUUGGAGCGAGAAGAAGGAAACAACUCCUUUGCCGGAGAGCAAGCAGAAACUUUACAUGGUGGAAUCUACGCCAAGAUUUAGCUUGGACAUCCCAGCAUUUGUAAAUGGCCAUUAUCGUAAAUAAAAAUAAACUUGAAAUCAUACAAAAGUCUACUAUAAUUAAAAUGGUGAACUAUACCAAACAUUUGUCAUUCGGCUUAUUCAAUGGCGAAAAAUGGAGCAGUACCUAUAUAAAUAGAAAAGAAACAACUACAGAGCAAUAUUAAGCUUUAAGAUUCCACAACGCUACUGGGUAGUACAGUUAGACACAAAGGUAAUUUUGAAUUGGAGUACAGCACGCGGAAAGAUAUUGCUGGGUGUAGAUGGUGUGCACAAUUAAAAAGAACAUUUUUAUGUUAAUUGCAAAUGAAGUUGUCCACGACUUUGAGAAGAUAGUGUCUGAAUGAAUUCCUUUUUCUAAAAAAAACUAAUGUAAAAGUUUUAAUUAUUUUUAGGAUUAUAAAUAUGCCUUGAGAGCAUUUGUUGAGUUUAUAUUUCGAGGAAAGUUAUUGCCCUUUACUGCUGUACAUUGAAAACUGUACAUCCUCUUGUGCACGUGCAAGCUGUAAACAAGGGAGAUAACAAGUUUUUUUUGUGAAGAAACAAGAAGGUUGUAUUUCUAUAAUAGGAUAUUCCACAUCUGAUUUAUAGAUGUGAUAACCGUAUGUUACUUUAUUUUUAAGAAGGUCAUUAUGGUAAUGCAUGCCUUGCCUUCAAUUGGUCUGGAUACAUGUAGAUAAUUUUUGUACUGAACUAUUGAAAUUAGUUGAUAGACAAAAUUACACUGUAAAUUAUAAGUCAAGAGAAGUCAAACCUGUAGACAUUUCAUCCAGACAUAAAAAAUAACAGCUCUUAGACAUUCAUACACAUUACAUCUUUUAAUUAAUGUACACAUUAAUAUAUUGUGAACAUUUUUGGAAAAGACACAAUUUAUGAAACAGUUAUAAUUUAGUGACAUUUAGGCUCAAACUUUUCUAGGGGUUUAUUUUCUUGUUAGGUCUAUUUAUUUAUUUUUCAAAAAAAUAGUUUUUUUCAUAUAGAUUUAUUAUUUUUAUAUUUUAAAAUAAAUAUAUGUAUUAAUGUGCUCACUCUAUCAAAAUUCUUUUAUGGAAAUUGGAAAACAUUCUCUGCUUUGUCAGAAUAUACUGUUGAAGGAAUGAUAGUUUAGAAAAAACAAACCUAAAAAGAAUUUAUAAAAGUAGAUUUAUCAAGUUCUGAUUUCUGCAUAGUGCAUAUAAUGUUAUCUGCAGAUUGUUUGUCUGAUGUAGUACUCACUAUAAUGUAAUGUUUGUCUUCCUAUUCUUUCAAUGUCUCUAUAACAAGAAAGACAUUUAAGUCUGACACUUAAUGAUUAUUGUUUUUUAAUGACUAUAGGCAUCAAACAUUUUUUUUUGGUGGGAGUAGGACAUAAAAUACUUCUCAGCAGUGCAACUAGACAUUUUAAGACCAGUUUCAAGGGAGAAAUAUAUCAUAUUUUAAAAUAAAUCUUCAUUAAACUCUGACACAGAAAAUCUAAUCUAUGCUCUGACAUUAAUGUCUAGUUGUUUUUAGCUCCCCUAUCCAGGGUUCUAACCAGAAUCACAUGUGACCAAAAUUUAUUUUUGUUACGCUUUGCAGAUGUUCUCGGUAAACUUCUUUGUUUUUUAAAUGUUCAUUGUAUUUGUGUUUGAAUAGGUCAUCUAUUUAUUGCAUAAAGGGUUGUGCAGUGGAAAUAGGUCUGACAGAUUUCACAUUUUUGAAUAGAAAAAUAUUUUUAUUAUUGUCGAAAAUCUCCUUUGUGGGCUCUAAUUUGAAAUUGGGCUAUUAGUUAAUGACUUGUUUGUAUAGACCACUGCACACCCCUACCUGCAUCAAUAUUUCUAUAAUAGCAAUUGCAAUAGCUACUUUUAUAUUUAUUCCUAUAUAAAGCUUUAUAUCAAAGAUUUCAUUAUCUAUUGCAAUUAUUUAUUAUAUUGAAGAGUUUUAUUUCAAUUUAUUCAGCAGUAUGUUUUAUUAAUUAUGAAUUAACACAUGGUGCAUUUAAUUACUUAAUAAUGAUAUACUUGUAUGAUUUUAUAUUAUUUUUGUUAUUAAGAUUGUUUUACUGAAUGGUAUGAAUAAUACCUUGUACAUAUUUUCUUAUAGUAAUUAUAAGUUACUUUAACUAAAAUUGAAGUUAGUUAGAAGGAGUGCAAAUUGUUUUAUUAGAUUGUCACAGUAAUUCUUUAUAACUUAACUGCAUAAAGUCAUUUUAUAAUUAUUACAAAAUUAAAAUAUUCUAAAUUCAAAUGAAAUUUUUGAAUAUAUUUUAUACUGAAUCAAAAACCUAAAAAUAAAACUUAGCCUUCUUUCUAAUCACUGUCACAACCAAAGUUCAUUUUAAGUGUUACUUAAUGUCAAUUUUUAUUAUGUGAAAAUAUUUUUUUAAACUAAAAGUCUAUGGCUACUUCUGUUACGAUCUAAUGAUUUGUUUCUUCCAAAUUGACAGAAAUCUACAGUAAAUUUUCUUUGAAAUCCACGCAUACCGGUUAUCAGAAUAUCGUCGAAUUCAAGAUUUGUAACAUGUUAGCAUUUUUUUUUCAGUGAUUUGGCCAUUCAAUAAAUAUUAAUUUCAAAGAAAUUAUUUAUUUAUUGGCAAUUUUUUUUCCUUCUGAAAAUCAUAUUUUUUUUUAAAGCUUAAUCAUUGAUAAAAAAAAAAGAUGACAAUUUUAAUUCCACAAAUGGACAUCAUUUAUCAAGUGUGGUAGCACUUAGCAGCAUGCUGAAAGACUUUUUGAGUGCUGUGAUCCAUCUCUGUCAAGAUUUUUUUUUCUCAGCAUAUAUUUAUUUAGUCAAUUUGUAUUUUAUUAAAUAAAAUCAUUGAGAAAUCUUA